AUGGUCUUUCAUAUCGAGCAAUUCCCUGCUAUUGUUAUAGAAAAUCUGGCUCUUAUUUUGGAGCCCAAGGAUCUCUUUCAGCUAGGUCUUGCAUCCAAAUCGCUCUAUCAAGUUUUUAUGGACAACAAUGUAUGGAAGAGCAAAACCUUGCACGACUUUGGAGACUUGUUCCAAAUAUAUACCAUCUUUACUACAGCAACAGGCUUCACUCUGGAUUCUGCUUUAACCGAGAAAUUUAGCCAAGAGCCUAGUGAUUGGCGUAAAUACUACUUACAAAAGAACAGCACAGUGAAUGACAACGAUACUGCUCUGAUGGAUCAAGCUGAUCAAGAAUACGCCAAUGCACAAACACAGCUUGAAUCAUUCCAACAAGACGGCAAUGUCGAAACAUUGGUUCAAGUUGCUUGCAAGAUGAUGUGGAUCUUGGACGUUUUUCCUGGUCAUGCAGGAUGCUACUAUAUUCUGGGCUUCAUCCUGUUUGUGCUGAACAAGCUGGAAGAAGCUAUCAUUUUAUUGGAAAUGAGCAGAGCCGUAGAUCCCAACUUUGAGCCAGUGGAUGUGUUGGAGGAGGAGAUUGAGCGCAUUGUCAAAGGAUACAAAGGAGAAGAAGAGCUCUUGCGCGACAAUCAACUAUCAGAGGCAUUGACACACGUAUUGGAGGAAGUGUUUGGCAAGUUUGACGCAGACAACGACGGCGCAUUGAAUGCCAAAGAACUGGACAGUUUCAUCUUUACUACAAACGGAGCACAUCCGCCACCAGCAUUCUUACGUCAAAUAGGCCUUCGCUUUGGAGCCAACAAGAAGGGAUGGUUAACAAAGGAGGGCUUUUUAGCAUUUUAUUUAGAGCAAACAUUAGAUGAUCCCUCUGAAACGAGAAACGAUUUGGGUGUUCAUGGCUAUGAUCCUCAAACAUUGAAAUUAAAAAUGCAAGAAUAA